GUGGCUGUGGCUGAAGUACAGGAAGUUACCGCUGUCGGCAGCUCUUUGUUGGGAAACCAUAAAGAAAAUGUUAUGCGCUAUGCAUUUUGGCAUUAUUUGAACUGGUUUCGCCAACAGAAAGAAACUCGUGACAGAAGUAACGGUUGCUAGGACGCUCCCCCAUAGCAACCGAAAACGCACUUCACAAUGGAGAAAAAAGGGACAUAACCGGUCGUUUCUUCACAAUGAAGACAGAUAAUGAGGGAGACUGAGCCAAGUUUUGAGAGAACUGAAGAGGAACAAGUUGAGAGCACCAAGGAGGGAGAGCCGGAGGGCUUGGGAGAACCUGGUUGUCAGGGAGAGGGCAUAGAACAGACACUAGAAGAUACUGAGAGGGAGAAACAAGCAGAGUGUAAGACACAGACAGAGAAUAUACAGCUGUCAGUCAUGAAGAGGAGGCGGGACGACGAUGAACGUCUGUGCUGCUGCGAGUACGUCAACAGGCACGGCGAGCGCAGCCACGUGGCGGCCUGCUGCUGCGACUGCGAGGACCUGGAUGACGCCUGCGACAGGUUUUUUAAGCGGGAGCCUCAGAAUCCAGAGUCGCUGUCCCGCGUGGCCGCCGACAUCGGGGACCGAUUCCGCGUCCCGUGGCUCCGGGGCGGCGCCCGCAGAGUAGACCUGUCCGUCAUUCCUCCUCUGCUCCUCCUCCCGGCGCUGCUGCACCUCGCUGCGUUCCACUUCCUGGUCGGCGUGGCGGUUCUGAUCACUCUGCCGGUCUUGGUCCUGUGGUACUACUACUUCACUCACCGGAAGAAAGCCCGGACGCUUUUUUUCCUCAGCCUGGCACUCUUCUCCUUGGCCUACAUGUACUAUAUAUUCGUCUCCAAAGUGGUACCGCGCGGGGGCAUCGGGCCCGUUCAGGUCGCCGCGGUGACCACGGGGGUCCUCCUCACCCUGGUGGGCCUGGCGUGCACCAAGAGAGGCCCUGGCGUCGUGAAGCCAAACCAAGAUAUUGAUCCUGUUCGCCAAGAGGAGUCGGGGCGGGCGCAAGAGGGCGGCGACGGCCGGAAGAACUGGUGUUCCGUGUGCCAGGUGGUGCGGCCCCCCAGGGCGGGACAUUGUCGCAUAUGCGGGGUGUGCGUGCUGCGUCUUGACCACCACUGCGUCUGGAUCGACAGCUGCGUGGGCCGGGCUAACCACCGCAGCUUCCUGUUGACGCUCCUCACGUUCUUGUCUACGUCCUUGUACGGGAUCGGCCUGGUGCUGACGAGUGUGUGCCCUGAGCAAAACGUCCUCACCGCCCUGUUCUACUGCCCGGGAGUCUACGAGCAAUACAGUACCGCCCUGUGCUUCACGUGCGCCUGGUACUGCGCAGCGGUGACGUUCGGCCUCCUCCACCUGUUGCUGACGCAGCUGCUCAACAUCAGCCACAACGUGACGGAGCGUGAGGCGCGCGCCGCCGUCAGGGAGCGCUCCGGCCGCCGGGCCCUGUGCGGGCUCGUGGUGGCGACCGGCGUCCACUCGCGGGGCCUGUGCGCCAACUGGGUGGAGUUUUUGACCAUGUCGGACCAACGGACGCACGUGUAAGCGCGCCGUCGCUGUUCUGCUUUUGGUCCACUGGAGGACAGCAUUGUGCCUUGCAAGCUCGCUUGGGCUUGGUUGCGCUCCUUCAGUGCUGUGAGAAAGCCGGUUGACUUUUUACAGGUAUUUGAGAUCCUUGACAGCGGUUAUCCAUGUACAAGUACACUCUUUGUUUUCACUAAUAACACAGCCCACUAGUAGAAUGACUGUCUCACUAUUCAUAUUUUUUUCCACGACUGGUGCCUGCCGGUAUGCUUUUAAACCUUGCUACUGUGCUGCACUAGUAACAGGUAGGCAUUUGUCAUGCACUAGUAGCAUCAUCCACUCUCCCAGUAGCUCCCAAAUACCCAUUAAGUAGUUUUCCCUUUCUCCUAUUAUACCAAAGUUGCCCCACUGGUGUGCAGAUGGCAUCCAUCCAUCCAUUUUCUUAGCCGCUUAUCCUCACAAGGGUCGCGAGUGCUGGAGCCUAUCCCAGCUGUCAUCGUGCAGGAGGCGGUGUACACCCUGAACUAGUUGCCAGGCAAUCGCAGGGCACAUGGAGACAGACAACAGUCGCACUCACAAUCACACCUAGGCGCAAUUUAGAGUGUCCUGUUUUUGGGAUGUGGGAGAUGACCCGAGUGCCCGGAGAAAACCCACACAGGCACGGGGAGAACACACAAACUCCACACAGGCGAGUCUGGGAUCAAACCAGGGACCUCAGAACUGUGAGGCCAACACUUUCCAGGUAAUCCACUGUGCCGCCCUGCAGAAGGUAUAUCAGUGGAAAAUGUUUUUACUCGUCAGACAUUGUCGUUCUUCUGGUAGCUUGAUUUGUCUCGGUAGUGAGGAUAAAGAGUGUACUAGUAUAUGAGCUGGAUAUCAAGAAUAUUGAAUGUUUUCCAUAAUGUACGACAACCACGUCUCAAAAAGUCUUUUGAAAAUGAAUGCUUGUCCCUCGAUGGCACAAGUACUAGUAGCACACACGUGAACUACUGUAUUUUGCGUCAUUAGACAUCUUUGUCCUAUGAGUAUGCCGAAGUUGUCCUAUUAGCUAACAGAUGUCAUUCGGUGGUUCCUAGUACGACAUUGAUUCCGCCGGUGCCUCCGAGUUGUCAUAAUGGCUUGAAUUGUGUUCUUAUUGAGGGCAAAUAAAUGCUGUCCUUCACACCCACAA